AUGAGUUCAGCUUCCAGGGAAGCGUCUUCGGCUUGUCCAAUGCAAUUAGAAAAGCCAAAAAAUGAUGACAUUCAUAUAAACGAGGCCAACGUGAAGGGUGAUUAUGUGCGUUAUACCGUCCAGGAUAAGGUUAGAUUUCCUGAUAGUAUUUUUGAGAGCUGUAAAAACGUAGGCUAA